GUCAGAGAGACAGAGAGAGAGAGAGAGAGAGAGAGAGAGAGAGAGAGAGAGAGAGAGAGAGAGAGAGAGAGAGAGAGAGAGAGAGAGAGAGAGAGGUGGUAGAUGUGCGCCUGAGGGUCCCUGCUUCUGAGAGAGAGAAAAACGGCGACUAGGCUAUAAGUAUGGAGGCGAUACGUGGGCAAGUUGGUGAUGUGCUCCUGAGGGUCCCUGCUUCUGGGAGAGAAGAAUGGCGGCUAGGCGAGUCACAGAAGUGGCAGGAAGGUUGCAAGGCAGAGAGGGAGGCGCGGUGGUACCCGGGACAGGACUGGGAAGAUACAGCAAUCGCUUACACAGAGGCAUGGAGGGAGAAGCCGCCCAAUGCCAAGUCGGAUUUGCACUCGUCCCAAUGGGGGGGAGAACGGAAAAGUGACCAGGUGUGGUGGCAAUCCGAUGGGCAGUCCGAGUGGGAAGAGGACUGGGAUUCGGAUCGCCAUCAGGAGGACGACGGGGAGGAAGGGGAGGAGGAAGAAGGAGAUGAAGACGAGGAUGAUGAUGAAGAAGAAGAAGAAGAAGAAGAAGAAGAAGAAGAAGAAGAAGAAAAGGAUGAUGCUGUGGCGGACGUCCAUGAUGACGAUGACGAGGAUGUGGAUGCAAUUGAUGAGAGGGUCUCCUCUCUCGCGAGCUCCAUGUACGGCAACGGAGAUUGCGACGAAGUGUAUGAUGGGUGUCUUGGUAACGACGCCCUGGAGAACCGGAUUUUCCCGCCGAGGAUUGACCAUCUUAGGAUUGAGAAAGGAGAGAGAGAGGUAGUGACGAUGGGAGGGAAAGUAAAUGGGCGCGAUGGUGGGUGGAUUGGGGGGGGGGGAUAUGAAUCUGCGUGCCACGUCGUCGGCGGCGGUGGGUAUUGCGGAAGAGCACAUGAGUGCCGCUCUUUGAGUUCUAAGGAGGAUGAUAGGUUGUUGAGUUAUGGGAGUGUUUUCUUGCGUCAACGAGAUGUCAAUCUUCUUGCUGAACCCAAUUGGAUCAACGAUAAAAUAAUUCAGUUUUACUUCGCUUAUUUAUCCUCGGAGAAAGCUCGUAAUUGGAGAGUUCUCCUCAUGGAUCCGUCGGCGUCUUUCUGGUUGUCCCAUUGCCCCGAUCGUGGGGACGUGUCGAAGGUCGUCGAUCAGUUCGAGUUCAACAGGAGGGUUGUUGUUAUGUUUCCUGUAAACAAUUACGAUUAUGUGUUCGAUAGCGUUUGGGAAGGCGUAGGAGGAGGGGGGAGUCAUUGGAGUCUGUUGGUCUAUGUGAGGGACGAAAAUCAGUUUCAUCACUUUGACUCCAAUGGCGGUGUGAAUUAUCGCCACGCCUUGCAUCUUGCGAAUGCCACGUGGCGCUUUCUAGGAGCGCCGUGCAGGCCGCCGAUCAUACAAAAGUCAACGCCUCAGCAAACCAAUGGCCACGAUUGUGGGAUGUAUGUGAUCGCCAUUGCCGACGUGCUGUGUGCGCUCUAUCUCAGUUUACACCUCCAUUCAUUGGGGAGGAGACUGUCGCCGUCGAGGGUUGCGCAGGAGGUUGACCAGCUGACUGCCACGUGGAUCAGACAGAUGAGACUGACAGUGCGGGACUUAAUCCAGUCACGAACUCUCUGCCAUUGAGCUCUUGAGUGCAUACACGCUGCUCAGCGUUUGCAGAUUUCUGUUUCUGUCACGUUGGUGGCCCGUAUAAGGAGGUCGGGGCCACCGCCGCCGCAGUCGCUGCUUAAGUGGAGACGGAGGACUUGAGGUAUAUAUACAUACAUAUAUGAUAUCUAUUUGUGACGACAUAUAUAACUGUAUCUCUAGUCCGCUGGUUGUGAUAUUUUGGUGCACAUUGGGGACUGCGCACCGGCGGAUGCGGUUCUGCUGUGCGACUGCGCGACUAUGCGACUGCGACAGUGGGACUGUGCGCUUCUGCGCCCGAAUGCGAUUGAUCGAGUCGUCGGUCUUUACAUUGUGGGGGUAGGUAGGUAGUCCAAGUCAACAAGGUGAUAGCGAUCGCGUGGUGUCGUUGAUGAGGCCGAGGACUGGUGAUCACGAUCGCAGUGUCAUCACUCAGAUGCAGCGGACGUGGAUAAUCUGCGGCGAAUUGCGGGUUCUGNUGUCAUCACUCAGAUGCAGCGGACGUGGAUAAUCUGCGGCGAAUUGCGGGUUCUGCUGUGCGACUCCGCGACUGCGACUGUGGGACUGUGCGCUUCUGCGCCCGAAUGCGAUUGAUUGAGUCGUUGGUCUGUACAUGGUGGGGGUAGGUAGAUGGUCCAAGUCAACAAGGUGAUAGCGAUCGCGUGGUGUCGUUAAGCUAUGAGGCUGAGGAGCGGUGAUCACGAUCUCAGUGUCAUCACUCAGCUGCAGCGGACGUGGAUAAUCUGCGGGCGAAUUGCAUGGUAAGGGGGUGACUCGGAGACCAUCCACGCUCUUCUCCUCCGAGGCGCAUGUGCCGGCGGGCUAUUGGCCCCCUUCUUCCAGGGAGAGGUCUGUCGAUGGAGUCAAGAUCUCAAUGCGAUCUAUGAUGUGUCAGGUAGGGGUGGCGGCGCCAGGUCAUCCAUGUCGGAGUUCGUGUUGUCAAGUGUUGGAGAUUCUUGCGUCUUUUAUUGUAUACAAAAAAGAAAGGAUGCGUGGUUUUGUUGUUCGGAUUGCACGCUCCUAGGCAAGGAGAGUGACGACGAAUGUGGCUGAGUCAAAAGGGAGAGGAUAAAAAGGGGUUGUCCUGGUGGCUGCGGCCUUGCCUAAAGAGAAUGCACGUGCAGCAUGGCUGUGUUUCAUCCAACAGGUGGCUUCGAUAGGCUCACAACGAUCCAAUUGGAGGAGGGUGACGAAGAUGUGGGGGGGAUAGGGGGAAGAGGAGGAGAAGGGUAUCCAUAGCCUCCUCAGUGUCCUUUAUGGUGGCCAUUGUUGUCUCGGAGCAUCUCCCCACUGCUCCUUUCCCUGCAUUUGGAUUGGGCGAUUUUGUCGAUAGGGCAUAUGUGCUAGUUGUUUUCUGUUCUUGGUUUUGUCCUCUGUUUGUUCUUUACUCAGAGCAAACGGCUGUGCGUUUGAACAGCGGGGCACACGAUCGGAUUCAUCAUUCACACGGCGAUGUCCCUGUUGAUGUUGCUCUGCAUGCCCGUAGGCGUGGUAAACUUGUGCUUUGAGCAACGUAAACAAACGGAAGGCAACCCC